AUGGCGUCACAACAGAUCCGAUCUCAGCGUGAAGAUGCCCAAGUAUUUACCGGCGAAGAUCUAUGCAAAGAGAAAGCGCAAGAAGUCCUCGCCAGAUUCUCCCUACCAAAAGGCCUGAUUCCGAUGACUGACGUGACGGAGAUCGGCCACAACGAAUCCACAGGGUUCGUGUGGGUUUGCCGGAAGAAGAAGACGAAUCAUCUCUUCCGUGCGAUUGGUCGGAAUGUGUCGUACGAUAGCGAAGUAACGGCGUUGAUUGAGAAUCGGCGGAUGCGGAAUCUAACAGGUGUUAAGAGCAAGGAGCUUUUGAUUUGGGUGACGAUUUCGGAUAUCUCUGCGGAUGAAUCCGGGAAGAUAACGUUUGGAACUCCGGCGGGGCUGUCUCAUAUCCUGUCCAUCGUCUUCAUCUUUUCUCUCACGGCGACUCAAUCCGGACAUUAUGUGUCCCCCAUCAGCUGUAAUACGGAGACAAUGGAGUUUGUAGGAAUGUACAGGUAACGCAAUGUUAUUAUAUUUGAAGUGUGAUAUCAUCUAUUUUCUUAACAAUCCUUAUAAUAAUUUACAAGUCUCUAAACUUGAAACCUAAGGGUAGGAAAUAUUAAACUUUGAUGAAUCCCU